UGACAGAGCAGAUCCUGUGUGUGAGAGAGAGGAACAGAGAAAAGGGAGACUGACUUUUUACCCAAAAACUCUCUACCUGUGAAGGACUUCCUGAGCAAGACAUCAACACAGCUCUGCAGUUUUCUAUCGGAUUUAAAAAACCCUCUGAUUUCUCUCUCCAAACAAGAUUUAUCAUGAACCUCUUCCUGUUGACUGUGGCGGUGCUGCUCCUGGUGGCGGGAGAGGGAACUGCAGAAAGAAUCCUGUCAAGAAGGACCAAAAGGGAACUUGCCAGUCCGCUCCAUGUAGGUGGCAUCAGGGACCCAUAUGGCUCGUACUGCCAGAGGAGAGGAGGCUGCUGCCCCGGCAGAGACGACCUGUGCACGGUGCCGUACCUGGACACCAUCUGCUACUGUGACCUGUUCUGCAACCGCACUGUAUCUGACUGCUGCCCUGACUUCUGGAGUCAAUGUCUCGGUGUGGAGCCACCUUUCAUUGGCACCUGCGAAAGAAAUGGAAACAAGUUCUUUACGGGGCAAACAUACAAAGAGAACUGCAAUUUAUGCACAUGCGGGAUCACAGGACGCUGGGAGUGUGAGCAGAACGCCUGUCUGAUGGAGCCUGACAUGAUCCAUGCUGUCAACAGAGGAAACUAUGGGUGGAAGGCAGCUAACUACAGUCAGCUCUAUGGCAUGACUCUGGACGAGGGGAUCCGCUACCGCCUGGGGACUCAGAGACCCUCCAGGACUAUUAUGAACAUGAAUGAGAUCCAGAUGAACAUGGAUCCUCAGAGUGACCGUCUGCCGCUCUACUUCAACUCAGCAGAGAAGUGGCCAGGGAAGAUUCAUGAACCACUUGACCAGGGCAACUGCGCAGCUUCCUGGGCUUUCUCAACUGCAGCUGUGGCAUCAGACAGAAUCUCGAUCCAGUCAAUGGGUCACAUGACUCCUCAGCUGUCACCACAGAACCUCAUUUCUUGUGACACACGAAACCAGGGAGGUUGUGCUGGGGGACGCAUCGAUGGGGCCUGGUGGUACCUCCGGCGUAGAGGAGUGGUGACAGAAGACUGUUACCCAUACCUGCCACCACAGCAAACACCAGCAGAGAUCGGCCGUUGUAUGAUGCAGAGUCGCUCGAUUGGCCGGGGGAAGAGGCAGGCCACGCAGCGCUGCCCCAACACACACAACUACCACAAUGACAUCUACCAGUCCACACCACCCUACAGGCUCUCAUCCAAUGAAAAGGAGAUUAUGAAGGAGAUUAUGGAUAAUGGCCCUGUGCAAGCUAUUAUGGAGGUCCAUGAGGACUUCUUUGUCUAUAAGAGUGGGAUCUACAAACACACUGACGUCAGCUUCACCAAACCUCCACAAUACCGCAAACAUGGUACACACUCAGUCAGGAUCAUUGGGUGGGGAGAGGAGAGACACUAUGAUGGGACAUCACAAAAAUAUUGGAUUGCUGCCAACUCCUGGGGAAAGAACUGGGGAGAGAAUGGCUACUUCCGUAUUGCUCGUGGGGACAAUGAGUGUGAGAUUGAAACAUUUGUGAUCGGCGUGUGGGGCAGGAUCACGAUGGAGGACAUGCACAACCAUCAUCACCACCAUCAUCGUCGUCGACACACUUAGAGACAUCUUUGUUUUUAUCCCACUGUAGAGUUGGUUGUUACCCCAGAGAAGAACCACACCAAGAGAACUUUAUAACAUCCCCUUGUACACCAAGCUGGCUGGGAGAGCCCAAAGCCCCCGUGCCCUCUCCUUUUACACCUUACUUUACUCUGGGGAUCAAUACAACUCCUCUUCUCCACCCUCUCUACCCCUUUAAUAGAACAACUCUCCCCACUCCCUCUGUAACUCAAGAUUUAUGGCACCAAAAAACAAAGAAAAACUCAGCUAAGCUAAAGCUCUUUUAUGUUGCCUUGCCUGGCGUCAUGAUGCCACAUUACGCACCUCAGGUACCUUCUGUUCCAAAGACCACACUUCCCAGAAUCCUCAGCAUAACAUCUGGUGAAACACGUUCAUGUCAAGUUGGGUGAUGACAGAAGGAGAGGCCUAAUCUGAUCUUUUUUUAUUCUUCUUUGUGUUUCCUUGUCAACUUGAACCUUUAGUCUUUUCUAGCUCUAAAUCUAUAAUCUAGACAGGCGGAAAAGAUGAAAUCUGAGAGCCAGAUUAUCAGACAUCAUACAGGGACAUUUCCCUUUGAGAAAGACACACCCAGGUUAACUGUGUAACAUGAUAAUAUAUCAUAGAUGACCUUAUUGACAUUUACCUGUCAGCUCUACACUUGCACAGUUCGCCUCAUUCCCUCAGUUUUAGAGAGGACCCUUGUAUAGAGAUAGUAGCUGCAGGCAGUAGAGUUUCUCACACAUUCCAGUAACGUAGAAUCUGACACUGGAAACAAUAAGAGAUUUAGUGCGGAAUAUUAAAUUACAAAUAACUUUGGGAUUUUAGGAGGACUUACAACAGCACUGAUACUGACCAACAAUCAAAAAGCAGUAUAAUUCAACAAUGAAACAGGCUAAAUCUUUGCCCUCCAAUUACACGUUUAUACUGGGGACAGUGUCAGAAGAUGGGAUAUGAUAAAAUUAAAGAGCCAUUGCCUCACCAGUCAAACAUGUAUCACUUGUUUUUGGCUGCAGGUGAAAAAUGAUUUAAAAAGUUGUCAUGAUGACCAAUUUAAUUAAAUAUUCUCUGACCCCACCAUCCCAUUAAAAUAAAAAAAGAUUGUAAUGCCUUAAAGAAGCAGAGUUGUUUUGACCACUGCGAAAGAAAGAUAGUGUUUGUGUAUAGUAGUCUUAAUUUGAUCUGUUCUGUGCACACUGUUACAAUUUGAGCUACAGAUGGUAUUUUUUUUGUCGCUGUUAUAUUUUAAAGUUUUAUUUUACUACUUGUUUUAAGAUGUACUGUAUGUAGUAACUUUCAUAACACACUCAUCACUUGGUUGCUUUUCUGUUUGUGCUUCUACAUAGUUGUAACUGUUUGGCCACAGCGAAGAGGGUGGGUGGGAGACUACUGCUGAAGUCCAGUCUGUGCUAGUUUGAUGCAUUUCACGUGUAAUAAACAUUUAAAGCCACUUCUAACAAAUACUGAAACACCUGUACUAGUCAAACAGGUUGCAGAUGCCCUGUGUGACUUGGUAAUGUUCUCAUUUUUUUAUUUUUUAGUG